GAGAUCUCACUCUUCUUUCUUCAUCUCAUCCUUUCUCUUUUUGAUGGCAUUAACCAUGGAGCAGCCUCUUUUGGCGCUUACUUUACAUUCGAUGGAUAAUUCCAUUGACGUUGGCGACCUCUGGACUGUAUUUACUAGAUGUAAAAACAAUCUGCAAUAUGGUCGCCGUCUAGAGAACAUGUCAUGGCGACUUUGGUAUCGUCAAACGUCUAUGGGCAACAUCACUUCAUAUCAAUCGUCUCAGAUAACGGAAGCCGCUGUUGAUUCACCUGUGGCUUCGUUCAAAGAAAUUGUUUCAACUUUUGGCAGUUCCAAAGAUCAACUGCUGCCAAGUAAAACUGCUUCUAUGGCUGAGCGAACAGAGCCCACUCAGCUGGAAACGCCUGCUCCCUCUUUUCCUGAACAUACUUCUCGUAUUCAAGGAAAGUUUUUCAUUCCGUCCGAUUCAGAGUCCUCCGAUUCGGAAGCUGAAGUAGCAUCAACGCAACACCGUCAACAACGCCGUCGUCAUAGAAAGCGCAGACCUUCACAUCCCGAAACUCCAAGGACGUCUGAUUGGGAUUCGGACUAUCGCUGCAGUGAUUCCUCAUCAACCGAUUCUGGUUCAACUCUAGCUUCUCCAGCCGAUUUUACCGAGCCCCCAUCUAGCUACUUUGCAAAGAAACCACAGCCUUCUAGACCUUGCCUACAACGAUCCCUUCUAUCCUCCAUGCUUGCCAAUAAUCCCUGCCCAGAACCUCCAAGAUUUUUAAGAAGAUCUCGAGCCCCUGUGUACCACGAUUUAAAUCAACUUGCUGAUCAUCAUGGUCCACAACAAGACUCUUAUCUCUCUGAAAGCUUAAAAAGAAACCUCUUGCGAGAAAACACGGCGGCCGGCUAUCCUCAUAAACAAAAGCAACCACACGUAGUAGAAUCAGACACUUUUGCUCCAGGAUGGUCUGACUUGUCGUUUGAAGGAGGCCCAUGGUAAUACCGUAAUCAAAAAAAAAAAUUACAAUCCAAACACAUACAUACCCCUCUCCUACCCGACCUCCCCUUUUCUACGUAAUAUCGUCCCAACCAACACACCCAAAAUUUGUAAUGUACAUAGCAUAUUUUUUUUUCUCCUUCCCUUGAGGACCUGAUAAUAUACCCUCUGCUCAUUCCUUGUAACAUCUCAUUCCUUUUUCUUUCCCAAUAUUGCUAUUGUAAUCCCUGGGCCUUGUCCUUGGUAGAAAUAAACUCAAUUUUCGUUCAGAAAGCGGUUUAGUCAGAAUGUAGCACGCGACUCACAUGCGUACAAGUAAUAUUCAUAAGCUUUUCACAACGUUAA